AUGGAGAGAGUCCACGAAGAAGAAGAUGAAAGUGGUGGUGAUGAUGAUGAGGGAUUUUUAGAACAAUUUUCGUCCAUCAUGUUGGAGAUAUACCAAGUUGAGCUCCUAAGAGUCCAUGAAGAAGAAGAUGGAGGUGGUGGUGAUGAUGAUGAGGGAUUGUUGGAGCGAUUUUCAUCUAUAAUGUUGGAUAUAUACGAAGUUGAGCUCCUAAGAGUCCACGAAGAUGAACAUGGAAGUGGUGGUGAUGAUGAUGAGGGAUUUUCGGAGCGAUUUUCAUCUAUCAUGUUGGAGAUAUGCCAAGUUGAGAACCUAAGAGUCCAUGAUGAAAAAGAUGGAGGUGGUGGUGAUGAUGAUGAGGGAUUUUUAGACCAAUUUUCAUCUAUCAUGUUGGUGAUAUACCAAGUUUAG